UACCUACCUCUGGGUACGUGCAGGACCUACAUACAGACUGUGGCUAUAAUUAUAUUAGGCCUAUUUAAUAUAAUAAUGGCUGCUUUGUUGAUUACUCUGUUUGCCUUGUUGUCUGUUGCGGCUACACUUCCAACAGAAGAUUAUGAGGCUGUAUUCUCCUCGUGGGAAGUACAGUACGGCAAGCUUUACAGCUCUGAGCAAGAGAGGCAAUUGAGGCUCAAGAUAUUCAUCGAGAACCUAGACUAUAUCCACCACCACAACAAGCAAGGACACUCGUAUGAAUUGGAGGCCAAUCUGUUUGCUGACCUGACCUUUCCAGAGUUUAGAGCCAGCUACCUCAUGGAACCUCAGAAUUGCUCUGCUACUACUGGGCAACAGUUAAAGACUGCUGAUCCCCCCCCGAAGGCCAUUGAUUGGAGAGACAAAGGUGCCGUAACUCCUGUCAAGAACCAGGGUCAGUGUGGUAGCUGUUGGACCUUCUCCACCACCGGAUGUCUAGAAUCACACCAUUUCCUCAAAACUGAUAAGCUUGUUAGCUUGUCAGAGCAGCAGCUAGUAGACUGUGCCCAAGCGUUUAACAACAAUGGGUGUGGGGGUGGUCUGCCCUCGCAAGCCUUUGAGUACAUUCACUAUAAUCAAGGCAUUGAUUCUGAGGCUUCUUACCAGUACAAAGCUCAUGAUGAAGUGUGUACCUAUAAACCCUCUCAAGUGGCUGCUACAGUGACUGAUGUAUUCAACAUCACAUCUAAUGAUGAGGAGCAGUUGUAUAAUGCAGUGGGGACUGUUGGUCCUGUGAGCAUUGCUUAUGAUGUAGCCAGUGACUUCAGGUUCUACAAGAAAGGUGUCUACUCCAGUGAAAAGUGCAGUAAACAACCCAACAAAGUCAACCAUGCUGUUCUAGCUGUUGGCUACAGCACUACUGAGGGUGGCGUUGACUACUGGAUUGUCAAGAAUUCUUGGGGAACCUCAUUUGGAUUGGACGGGUACUUUUGGAUAUCUCGAGGCAAGAACAUGUGUGGUCUAGCUGACUGUGCAUCCUACCCCAUUGUGUGAACACAUAACUCCUCUAUUAUAGUCCUAGCUAGCUUGCUGACUAAGUAAUGCCUUGUAAAUGAUUGGUUUUUGA